AUGAGGGCUGCUCUGAUCCUGACCGCGCUGCUCUGUGCUGCUCUGGCCAAAGACACCUUCCACGGCCAUCAGGUUCUGAGGAUCCAGGCCAAAGAUGAGGUCCAGCUGUCUCUGAUCAAAGACUUGGAGAACAUGUUUGAAGACGAGCUCGAUUUCUGGAGAGACGUGAGCGAUGUGUCCACCCCCGUCGACAUCCGCAUCCCCCCUCACACUCUGGACCAGGUCAAAGAGUACCUGGACUCAUGGGACAUCACCUUCGAGACCAUGAUUGAAGACCUCCAGACCAUUUUGGACGAGGAGCAGGAGGAGAUGGAGUCCGCUGCACGUUUUGGUGAAGCCAGAGACACCGACAGUUUCGACUACGCCAGAUACCACCCCAUCGACGAGCUGUACAGUUUCCAAGACAUGUUGGUGAAGGAAAACCCUACUCUGGUCAGCAAGAUCGUGAUCGGACAGAGCUACCAGGGACGGCCUCUCAACGUGCUCAAGUUCAGCACCGGUGGAAGCAACCGCCCGGCCGUCUGGAUCGACACUGGCAUCCACUCCAGGGAAUGGGUCACUCAGGCCAGUGGCACCUGGUUCGCCAAGAAGAUCGUGGAGGAUUAUGGAAAGGAGCCUGUUCUCACCGCCAUCCUCAACAAGAUGGACAUUCUGCUGGAGAUUGUCACCAACCCUGACGGAUACGCCUACAGCCACUCCUCCAACCGCAUGUGGCGUAAGACCAGGAAGCCCAACCCCGGCUCCAGCUGCGUGGGCGUGGACCCCAACAGGAACUGGGACGCUGGCUUUGGAGGUCCUGGGGCCAGUGGAAGCCCCUGCUCAGAGACAUUCCGUGGUCCUAAAGCUCACUCCGAGUCUGAGGUCAAGUCCAUUGUGGACUUUGUUCAGAAACACGGCAAUAUCAAAGAGUUCAUCUCCAUCCAUGCAUACUCCCAGAUGCUCAUGUACCCCUACGGCUACACACGUACUCCAGUGAAGGACCAGGCCGAGCUUCAUGCCUUAGCUAAGAAGGCUGUCUCCGCUCUGACCUCCGUCUACGGGACCAGAUACAAGUACGGAAGCAUCAUCAACGUCAUCUACCAGGCUAGCGGUGGCACCAUCGACUGGACGUACAACCAGGGCAUCAAAUACUCGUACACGUUUGAGCUGAGAGACACUGGGCGCUACGGCUUCAUCCUGCCGGCCAAUCAGAUCGUCCCGACCGCGAAGGAGACCUGGGCUGCCCUUCUGGAGCUCAUGACGCACGCCAAGAACAACUCCUGA